AUGCCACAGAAGGGACAAAAGGAACCGAAUAGAUUUAUACCAAAUGGUUUUAACUUUCAGAUUCCAAAUAAUCAACCGCAACGAAUUUUUCAAAUCCCACCACAGCAUCAACAGCCGCAACAACGACCACCACCACCACCACCACCACAACGUCAACGGAGAAGAACAUUCACCCCUGAAGAAAGAAAUUUCAAUAAUUUGAUGCGUCAACAAAAUCAAGGUUUGAAAUUUAGAUAG